AUGACCACUACUCCAAUGUCUUUCAACGGAAUCUACGUCCGUGAUAGUCAAAAGACCUAUAACAGCUAUAAUACUACACCAGAUACACUUGGACCAUUUUUCUACAUGCAAUACAACGGUGUUGUAGAAAUCGAAGGCCAAGCUGGAGUUUUAAGUUUUUACACUCCAAACGCUGGUCAAUUGACUAGAACUCCAUUCAUUUAUUUUGUACAAAAUCCAGAUGUAUUCCAAAGAAUCCAAUUAUGUCCUGUCUAUACUGUGAAUACUUAUCCCACCUAUGUGCAAGUGAUUGAUUUCUGGGGAAAUGGUGAACUCGGAAGAACUCCAUCGCAUUAUGUCUGGUUUUACUCCUUUGCUGGUCAUUAUGGCACCACUGCCACCACAAAUGUCACCACAAAUGUCACCACAAAUGUCACACCAACAAGUACUUCUACAGCAUUGAUGAGAAGUAGUUCUCUUCCUCAAGAACUUAAUGCAACAUCUCUUCCUGAAAAUGUGAAUGUCAAAGACAUGAUUCGAAUUCGUUUCAAUGACAAGACUGGUGAAUGUGAGUGUGAAAGUGAAGAUCACAAAGAAUUAUUUGAAACCAAGAUCAAACCCAUGUUGGUCGUUCCAAAGGAUCAAGUUCCUCAAUAUCUACCAAAUAGAAUGAGUGAUGAGGAAAUGAAACAACACAAAAAGAAAUGGGAACAUGAACAAGAGAAUAAGAAGAAGGAAGAAGAAAAGAAACAUGACAAAAAGGAACAACAUCAUGAGGACAACGAGCAUGAUAAGAACCAACCUGAAAUAAGUAGAGAUGGUGUUGCAUCGGCAUCCACCUCCACUCAAGAUCUAGCUGUCACUUCCACUGAUCAAACUGUGACUGCACUGUCAGCUGUCACUUUCACCACCUCUUCCACAACUAGCCCCUCUCCCGGUUCCUAUGUCUUGCCAGAUUAUUAUCAAGAAAAUUCUGGAAAGAGAUGGCAACUCUAUGAUGUUUGGUAUACUGGAUUCAAACUUCAAAACACUGCCACAGGUGAUAAUCGAACUGCCACUGCUGCUUGGGAAUGGGACUCCAUAAAAGGAAAAUAUGUCAUUUAUUUCAAGUUCUUUGAUCCUACUGGAAAUACCUUGCAAUCCAUGUUGAGAGGAUUGAGUGAUAAUAUGUUUAAUGUGCAAUUGGAUAAUGGUGAUUACUUUGCUGGUGGUUACAAUCCUUAA